UCUGGUUAAUGUGUCAGCGCUUGCUGCAUGUCCCGUUCACACUUACUGUCCCUCCGCAUUCUUCUCUUCUUCCUCCAUCCAGGCCUCAAUACAAAUACCCUCUUCGAACUUCUUACAAAUCAAAAUUCGCUUUCUUUUAUUCUAUACAGAUACACAGAAUUGAGUUGUAGAAUGAAGGAAAUGCUGGCACCCCUCCCUGUUCCCAGAUUUCAAUUACAUUGGCUUAUGAGAUUGGGAAUGGAAGUAGGGUGGUGGAUGAUUCAUCUAUUAUUCAGAAUCUAUCAAUGCGGGACUAAGUUGUGGGCUGUAUUCGAAUCUUACAUUAUUUCAUUAGGGUUGCUAGAAAGCCAUCGGAAUCCCGCACUGCAUAUGCAAAACCUAAGACACCUCGCAGUAGUGGUGGACAGCCAGGAGGCGAGCGACAACAAACAGGUCAAAAAGCUGCUGCUUUGGUUGUCCAAUAUUGGAGUCAAAUCUGUGAUUUUAUAUGAUAUGGAAGGUGUUCUAAAGAAAAGCCUUGAUGGAGACUGGAGCAGCUUUAUCAAUGGCAUGACGAUAGAACUUCUGUCAUUCGCUGACAACAAAGGGGGAAUGGCAAAAGCAGCUAAUUUUUUAUGCUCCAAGUAUCAGAAAGAAGAGCUUGAAAGCUGCGAGAAGGAUUUCAGAAUCACGGAUACUGAGAUUUCUGAUGCUUUAGAUGCAGUGGGAUGUGGUGGACCUGAGCCUGAUCUACUUCUUGUCUAUGGACCUGUCAGAUGCCAUUUAGGAUUCCCAGCAUGGAGAAGCAGCUACGCAGAGAUUGUACAUAUGGGGCCACUACAAUCCAUGAAAUAUGGAGCCAUUCUGAAAGCAAUUUCUCAGUUUUCAAAGAAGCACCAGAACUAUGGCACUUGAAGCUGCUGAUGAUGUUAACAAUAUUAUGAAAGCAUAGUGCAGCAAGAAUUUCUGAGGCUUCAGCUUGUUAAUCUGCUUCAAUAGAUAUAAUCAGACUGUCUGAACAUGAAGCAACUCUACAUUAUCUCUUUCACUUUUCCUUAACAGCUUAUAACUCGUCUC